AUGGGAUAUGCUGCGGGCCUUGCUCUUGUUUUCCCUGUCUUGAUCCUUUUGCACCUAUUCGUUGCUCCUUAUACGAAAGUCGAGGAGUCCUUCCAUGUCCAGGCUGUGCAUGACCUGCUAGCUAACGGGCUGCCCAACGGUUGGAAUGAUACGACUCUCAACAGAACGAAUUAUGACCAUUUCGCCUUUCCCGGGGCUGUUCCCCGCAGCGCUGUUGGGGCUACAGCUCUCGCUCUGCUGUCCAAGCCCGUGAUCUUGUUCCGCGCUGGGAUCAACCAGCAACUACUAGCUCGAGCCAUCCUGGGUCUUUUCAAUGCCUCAUCUCUAGCAAUCUACGCAACCGGGCUGCGUCGCAGCUUCGGACGUGCAGUAGCUAUUUGGUACAUCGUCUUCCAAGCAAGCCAGUUCCACCUCAUGUACUAUGCAUCUCGGCCACUAUCCAACAUGUUUGCCUUUGGGAUCACAACUCUUGCAUUCUGGCUACUUCUGCCAGGACCAAACCCAUCCCAAUUCCAGCAAAGCCUCGCCUUGUCUCUGCUCACAUUCGCAGGCGUAGUCUUCCGCUCCGAGCUGGCCCUCUUGGUUGGAACUCAGACUCUGUUUCUCCUAUUUUCGCGGCGCAUCAGUAUCUACAGGACCAUCUUCGCGGGCCUGUCUGGUUUGGCAGCUGGCCUCACCUUGACCGUCUGCAUAGACGGAGCCUUUUGGCAGAGCUUCCCGCUAUGGCCUGAAUUUGAAGCGUUCCGCUUCAACGUGCUAGCAGGCCAAUCUUCAGAAUGGGGAACAGAGCCCUGGUCGUUCUAUUUCUCCAAUUCUCUUCCCCGCCUCCUCUUCAAUCCACUUUGCUAUCUUCUCGCCAUCCCCGUUGCCCUACGACAGCCAGCAACGCGGAAAAGCGCACUGUCGCUGCUCAUUCCUACGAUGGCAUUCGUGGCGCUGUAUAGCUUCCAGCCGCACAAGGAAUGGCGAUUCAUCAUCUACAUCAUCCCCUCUCUUACGUCUGCAGCAGCUUUGGGUGCCGGGUAUCUCUGGACGCAUCGCUCGCGCUCCUGCUUUGCGCGCUGGGCGACCCGCGCUCUGGUAGUUUCGUCUCUCGCAGUGUUCUUGCUGUCUAACCUGGUUCUUCUACCUGCGUCUGCGGCUAAUUAUCCUGGUGGACAGGCGAUCGAUGCUAUGCAUCGCCAACACGCUUUGCGCAAGGACCAAUCUGCCCAGUCAGGCAUAAACGUCUACUUGGGUAAUUUGGCUUGCCAAACUGGCGUGACACGAUUCCUACAGCAAGAUCCUUCGUCGGGGUGGGUUUAUGAUAAGACCGAGGACGAGGGCAUUAAGUCAACGAGUGAGUUCUGGGAUCGCUUCGACUACCUCGUGUUGGAGACUUCGUCGGACGCGAACAUCGUGGAUACAGAUGAGACUAGACUCCGUCGUGCACUGCCAGGUUCUGCUUGGGAGAGCGUGUAUGUUGUUAACGGUUUUACUGGCAUUACAGUGUUGAGACCCGGUGUUCCGGCCAAGGGGAUUGCCGAAAGACGCAUCCUUGAGUCCGUUGGUGGUGCGCGUGCAGUCGAGCUCUUCGAACGCAUACGUGAGUAUGCAAGGGUAUUGUUGCGCGGGUGGUGGGUUGAGCCGAGGAUGGAGCCUAGAGUCCAGGUUUUGAAACGUGCAAGAGGUUGA